GGACCUUAUUCACUUUAACAUACGAAUAAUCUGUCUAUAAAGUCUAUGGUUCUCUUCUCCUUCUAUUCUAUCAGUGUCACUGUCAAUCUUAAAAAAAACAAAUGGUUAAAAUUAUACUUGUAUUAUUGUGGAAAACAAAAAAAUGAAAUAAAAUUUCUUAUCAUCUAUCUUACUAUAAAAUGUUGAGUCAAGUAAUCUAGUGCUGAUAACUAACGAAAUAUUCACUAAAAUCUAAUAAUAUUAGGCAACCUUUAGCGUUUUACAAGCCGUAUAGAGCAAUACUCAUGUGUUUAUGUAAUACAUGUUAAUAUCAAUAUUUCGUUUCAUCCGCGCCUUAUAAUGUCCAGUAGAUACAGAUUGCUGAGAAACACAUUUUCUAGAGUAACUAGCAGUUUUCGAUCAUUUCAUAAUGCAUCACUUAAAGUUUACAACAUUCCUAAGACUACAAAACCAUGUGUACUAGCUUUUUCCCUAUUCACUUGGCUUGGAUUUGAAAAGAAAAUGAGUGCUGAAGAUGAACUUGUUCACACAAUAAAACACUGCAUUUUGUUUAUUCAGCGAAAUGAAUAUGAGAAAGCUGAACAGUUACUUCAUGUAGCAUUGAGACAGGCUCAACAAAUUCAUCACGAACUUGGUAUAACUUAUGUUUAUGACGUAAUGGCGAAUUUGGCUCUUCAGAGGGAAGAAUUAGAUAAAGCUAAACAAUUAUUUAUUGCUGUUACACAAAGAAUUAUGGCGGAUGGUGCACAAGAAGAUGAUCCUAGAGUUAUUCAUCUCAGUGUGAAAUUAGCAAGAGUUAGCCAUUUGAAGAAAGAUUAUUCUACAGCACAAUUAGGUUAUGACUGGUGUAUAGAGAAAUUACAUAGGUUAUUGGAGACAGACCAAUCAGAUGCAACUCUAAAACUGCUAGCAAUGGCCGAAGAUUGGUAUGGCAGACUGUUUGUAGACCUCAACAGAUGUGAAGAAGGCUUAAAGCUCAUGAAGAGUUCUUUUGAUAGGAUGAAAUUAGUGCCAGAUAUGGAGAAAGAAGAAUUAGUAUUUCAAUUAAAUGAUAUUGGUACUGUAUGUGAUCGCCUUGGACUUGCUGAUGAUAGUAUAAAAUAUUUCAAGGAAGCUAUUGAAUUGGCAAAGUCGUCAAAGAUUGAAGAUGUAGGCACUAUGUAUGUUAAUUUAGGAAGAGCCUAUAUCAAAACACAACUAUUAGAUGCAGCAAGAAAGUCCUGUGGCUACGCUUGGAAGUUGGGAGUUAUGUCAAAAAAUCAAGAUGUAAAGCAAGAAGCGGAACUAUGUAUGAAACAAAUAAACAACCUUGUAUAGAUAACUUUUUAUUUAAGAAAAAUAGUGUUGGCAUGUUUCACUUACAUUAAUGUUUUAUAGAAAUAAUAUUGUGAACUAAAUUAAUAAAAUCUCAU